AUGGCCUCAGCCACGGCACACGCCCCUUCAAUACCAUCUCUCCCAACAACGCCCAUACUCACCCUUCGCAAGACUCUCAUCCGCCCCUAUCACCCCAGCGAUGCCCCAAACAGCUCGAAGCAGGCCAACGACCCGGAUAUAGCCAAGUGGAUGCGCAAUACCUUCCCCUUCCCUUACGAGCUGCAGCAUGCAGAGUCCUUCAUCAACAACAUUGCCCUAUCGGACAAGUCGGCCAGCCCCUUACGCCCGGAGGGUAUCCUGCUCACCUACGCCGUCUGCCGCUCCUCGGAUGGCGCCUUUGUCGGCGGCGUUGGCCUCAAGCCCUUCAACGAUGUCGAGGCACGCACCAUCGAGAUCGGCUACUGGUUCGGCCGAGAGCACUGGGGCAGGGGAUACGCCAGCGAGGCCGUCGCAGCCUUCACAGCCUGGGCAUUUGCGACGUUCCCUGACUUGCUCAGGAUGGAAGCUAAGGUUUACGAGGGAAACGGCGCGAGCGACGCCGUGCUGAAGAGGGCUGGAUAUCAGUUUGAGGGCGUUAGGAGGAAGGCUAUUUGGAAGAAUGGGGAGUCGUUGGAUCAGAGAGAUUAUGGGUUGCUGAGGGACGAGUGUCCCGCGUUGGAAGGGGUUAUCAUAUGA